GGCGGGCGGGUAACGGUGGAACCGGACGAGCAGCCGAGUGGGACACUUGUUGUUACAGUUUGAAUUGAAAGACGGGGAGAAGUGACUCCAGCUUCAUUCACCGCGGGGGGACGGAGACACGGAGACAACAUGGCGGACUGCUGCGCGCGCUAUGAGCGCCUCACAGCAGAGCAGAUGGAUGAGCAGAGGGUCCAGAAUGUGGCCUAUCAGUACCUGUGCAGGCUGGAGGAGGCUAAGAGGUGGAUGGAGGCGUGUCUGGGGGCGGAGCUUCCUGCUCCUGUGGAGCUGGAGGAGACGCUGAGGAACGGAGUGGUUCUGGCUAAGCUGGGUCAUCGCUUCGCCCCGAAGGCCGUCAGCCUAAAGAAGAUCUACGACCCGGAUCAGCUCCGGUACCAGGCUGUGGGUCUUCAGUUCCGUCACACUGACAACAUCAACCACUGGAGGAUCGCCAUGACGACACUCGGCCUGCCAGCGAUCUUUCAUCCAGAAACGACGGACGUGUACGACAAGAAGAACAUGCCGAGAGCAGUUUACUGCAUCCACGCACUCAGCCUGUACCUGUACAGAUUGGGUCUGGCACCUCAGAUCCACGACCUCUACGGAAAGGUCAAGUUCACAGAGGAGGAGAUUGACAACAUGAAGUCUGAGUUGGACAAAUAUGGGAUCCAGAUGCCGGCCUUCAACAAGAUCGGAGGGAUUCUGGCCAAUGAGCUGUCGGAGGACGAGGCAGCAGGCCAUGCGGCGGUGAUCGCCAUCAACGAGGCGGUGGAAAAAGGUCAGGUGGAGGUCACGGCGGCGGCUCUGAGGAACCCCAACGCGCUGAUUUCAGACCUGCAGGAGGUGCUGAUGAGCUUCUACCAGGAGGUUCUGCACCAGGCCAGAGCCAGGAAGAAGGAGCAGGCAGUCAAUCUAAGGGUACAUCAGGAGCAGAAGGAGAUCUACGAGGAGUUUCUGACUCGGAGAGAAAUCCAGGAAAACAUCAACAUGGUCAACGUGCGCUCCGCGGUGGAGCAGGUGGAUGAGGCGUUGGACUCUGCAGAUGAACGGGCUCUGCUCGCCGCUCUGCAGCGGCCAUGUUUGGCCCUGAGGGGCCUCCGCACUGAUAACGGGCCCUGGUACCUGGACCAGCUGUCAGCAGACCGCCAGCAGAACGCCCAGAAAGACGGCUGUGUGGAUCCUCUGGAGCCUAAUGAGCUGCAGGAGGGUGUGACUGUCGCCAACCAGGACGCCCAGAGGGCCCGAACCAUACAUGCAGCGGUGCAGAGUGUUAACGCCUCGCUGCGUCUCAGUGACCCCCGGCACACUGUCAGCUGCUUGAUGACCUCUGACCUCGAGCUUCCUGAAGUGUUUCCAUCGGCUGCGAGUCUCUAUCACAGAGAGCUGCAGCUGCUGCAGAGACAGAGCGCCCAGGGGGAGCUGCAGCAGGAGGAGCUGUUUGUUGCUGUGGAGAUGCUGUCGGCCGUCGCUCUCAUCAAUCAGGCGGUGGAGGCGGGACAUCUGCAGCGGUUUGGCUGUUCAUUGGUCAGUCCGUCAGCAGGACUCUCUGAUGUGGACCCCUCGCUGAUGGACAGGUACUUUGAGCACCUGGUUAGUGUGAAGCAGCAGGUGAGCAGAGAUCUGCUGACCUGGAAUCAGCUGCAGGAAGGAAUCCACUCGGUCAACAACUCUGUGCAGGACGAACACCAACAGCUGCUGACUGUGGGUCUGGUUAACAAGGCGCUGGUUAGAGGAGACGCUCAGAAGCUGCUGUCCGCGCUGCUGCUGCCCUCCUGUGGUGUGGAGGAGGUCUUACCUUCGAACGCCUGCAGAUACCUGACACUGCUGACCAGCGCGCGGCAGCACAAAGCGCAGGUGAGCAGAGACCCAGGAGCUGAGCUGUGGUUGGCUGAUAUCCAGGAGGCAGUGAGGAGAGCCAAUCAGCAGAGUCAGAGAACUCUGAAGAUGUGUCUCGCACUAGCUGCAGUGAACCAGGCGGUGAAGGAGAACAAGGUGAACCAGACUCUGCGGGUCCUGAGCCUCCCUGAGGUCGGCCUGCAGGCCGUGGUUCCUUCCUGCGCUGCAGACUACCAGAGAGAGCUGUACAGUCUGAUGAGGGCCAGGACACUGUCAGGAGACAACAGAAGUCCGUGGGUUCGAGUCCAGCUGGAUGACGGCUUGUUCUUCUUCCUGCACCUGAGCCGCUUGGAGGGAAGCUGGGAGGAACCCAGCGGCUUUGUGAACAACAGCGUGUUCCUGGACCGCCACCAGAUACAGGAAGUCGUCCGCAGCGUCUCUAACUCGCACGCCCGCAGCGGCCUCUGGAGGAGCAGAGACGCCCUCGUCACCCGCCUGCAGGCGCUCAGUCGAGGCUUCCUGCUCAGGAGGAAGCUGGACGCCCGACGACGUUUCCUCAGCAGUCAGACGCCUGCUGUCAUCACCAUCCAGUCCCACUGGAGGAGGUUUGUCCAGCGGGAGGCCUACAAGCACCGGCUGCAGUUUCUUUAUAGAAACUGGAGAUCCGUUGUCAAGAUCCAGUCCUUCGUGAAGAUGUGGUCGGCAAGGAGGAAGUAUCAAGCUCGCCUGAGUUUCUUAAGACGUCACGUGGGGGCUGUGGUGAAGAUCCAGGCCUUCUUCAGAGCCAACAGAGCACGCGAAGAGUACAGGAUGCUGGUGCACUCGGCCACGCCCCCCCUAUCCGUGGUCAGGAAGUUUGUUCACCUGCUCGACCUGGGCGACGUUGACAUCAGAGAGGAGGCGGAGCAACUGCGCCUGAGGGAGGAGGUGGUGAGGAGCAUCCGCUUCAACCACCAGCUGGAGGCGGACCUGGACGUGAUGGACCUGAAGAUCGGCCUCCUGGUCCGGAACAGAGCCACGCUGCAGGAAGUGGUGUCUCAUUGUAAGAAGCUGACCAAGAAGAACAAGGAGCAGCUGUCAGACAUGAUGGACCUGGAGAGAAGUAAAGGACUGAAGGCUCUCAGCAAAGAGAGGAGGGGCCAACUGGAGGCCUACCAGCACCUGUUCUACCUGCUGCAGACCCAGCCCCUGUACCUGGCCCAGCUGAUCUUCCUGAUGCCUCAGAGCCGCUCCACCUCCUUCAUGGAGAUGCUGGUCUUCAGUCUGUUCAACUACGGCUCUGACAGCAGAGAGGCCUUCCUGCUGCUGCAGCUCUUCACCCAGAGCCUGAGACACGAGAUCAGCCUGAAGGUGGAGCGGCCUCAGGACGUGGUCACAGGGAACCCCCCCGUCAUCCGCAUGCUGGUGAACUUCUACCGACACGCCCGCGGUCAGAACAGCCUACGGGAGACUCUGGGUCCGGCACUGAAGGGGGUCCUGCUGGACCGGACCCUCUGCAUCAGGACCGACCCGGUGGAGGUCUACAAGACCUGGAUCAACCAGACCGAGACCCAGACGGGACACAAGAGCUCUCUGCCCUACGAGGUCUCACCUGCCGACGCCCUGAGUCACCCUGAGGUGCAGAGACGCAUCGAUGUCGCCAUCGUCAACCUGAAGAACCUAACGGACCGAGUCCUCCAGGCCAUCAUCUCCAACCUCCACCAGCUACCCUACGGGCUGCGUUACACAGCGAAGGUUCUCAGAGACGCGCUGAGGGAAAAGUUCCCAGAAGCCAGCGAGGACGAGCUCUACAAGAUUGUUGGUAACCUGGUCUACUACCGCUACAUGAACCCGGCCAUCGUGGCCCCGGACGGGUUCGACGUUGUGGAUCGCUCCGCCGGCUCGGCCCUGCAGCCGGAGCAGCGCCACAUCCUGGGCUCGGUGGCCCGCACGCUGCAGCACGCCGCCGCCAACAAGCACUUCCACGGAGACGGGUACCACGUGAGGGCUCUGAACCAGUACAUCAGCCAGACCCACCGCAGGUUCAGGAACUUCCUGUUGAGCGUUUGUGAUGUUCCGGAACCAGAGGAGCGGUUCAACAUGGACGAAUACUCUGAGCUUCUGAUCCUCAACAAACCUGUCGUCUACAUCUCCAUCAGCGAGCUGAUCAACACCCACCAGCUGUUGCUGGACCACCAGGAGGUUUUGUGUCCGGACCCCUCAGACCCCCUCAGACUGCUCCUGAAAGACCUGGGAUCCGUUCCCACCCUGCAGGACCUCAUUGGUGAGUCUCCUCUAGCUGAUCCAGGAUCAGAGUCCGGUCUGUCUCAGAGCAGCAAGAUGGAGGUUUCUCUGACUCUCACCAACAAGUUUGACAUCUUCAACGAGUCCAACGACAAACCAGACGCCAGAGGACUGCUGCUCAGCACGAAGCAGCUGAUCAUCGAUGUCAUCAGGACUCAGUCAGGUGACUCUCUGGGUGACAUCCUGAGAGGAUCUGUGUCACAUGACCAGGAAGCCUGCCACGAUUGGCUGGUCCAGCGGCGAGCUCAGCAGGACGCUCGCACCCCAGAGAAGAUGAAGAGGAACCAGUCGCUGGUCGCUAACGGCAACCUGAGUUUGGAGGAGAAGAAGAGGAGGAUCCUGAGGUGCCUCCGUCGCCUGGAGGGACUCGGGGUCCUGAGGCCGCCAAAAGCUGAAGACCAGAUCCUUCGGAUGAUCGCCAAGGACAUCCGUCAGCAGCGUCUACACCGCCAGCGUCGGGGGGCGGAGCUACAGAAGCUCCGCCAGACACUCGGCAGCCUGCAGGCGAAGAGCAGCUUCCACAGCGAACAGGUGGACUACUACAGGGAUUACAUCACUUCCUGUCUGGACAACCUGACCACCAACAGUAAAUCAACCAACAAGAAGACGGCAGAGAGCAAAGGGAAGAAGAAGAUUCUUGUUCUGAGCUACAGCGCCGCCCGGCUGCAGGAGAAGGGAGUGCUGCUGGAGAUAGAGGAGCUCCCAUCUACACAGUUUAAGAACGUCGUGUUCGACAUCAUGGCCGCUUCUCAGAAAGGAAGCUUCAGCAUCAAAGCUCGAUUCCUGGGAGUCCAGAUGGAAGACGUCCUCCUCAAGUACCAGGACCUGCUCCAGCUGCAGUAUGAAGGCGUUGCAGUGAUGAAGAUGUUUGACAAAGCGAAGGUCAAUGUUAACCUGCUCAUCUUCCUCCUCAACAAGAAGUUCUUCAAGAAAUGAACAGGUGUGUGUGUGUGUGUGUGUGUGUGUGUGCGCCUUCUUUACACUGCCAUGUCAUUUACAGAAUGAAGUCGUUUGUUUUUUUAAACUAAUAAUCAUUUUUGACACUUAUUGCCAAAGCUCAGUUACAUAAUGUUACUUCACUACAGAUAAAUAAUCAUAAGACGUGUUUUUAUAUCUCCCCACACGUAGAAACAUUAUACAUACAAACUACAAAGCUUUAUUUUAAAGCAAGAUAGAUUUAUCGAACUCUGAUUGAUUUGUAGUUUUUAGUAGCACCUCCAACAGAAAAGUUUAAUUUAAAACAAAUCAGUCUGAUUGUUAACCGAUGACCGAUCAAUAACGGAUGACUGAUGGAUAACUGUAAAUACUUUCUCCCACUUUGUUUUUUUGUUUUUUUCUGAAAUUAAACUUUCAAAUGUGUUUUCAACUGUUUUUCUUCAUUAAAUAUUUGAACAUCUA